AUGGCUUACGCCAGACGCGCCAAACAGUUCGUCUCCAAACUCCAACAUAAGCAGGGCCGCUCUAAUUCUGGCGCAAAUGGAAGAACCAGGAAUAACAACAACAUUCGAGAUGAGUACCAGCAUGCUGCUCCUGAUGAAACAGAACCGAGUAGAAAUAAGGCUCACUACUUAUAUUCAAUUUGAGAGGCAUCUUUGGCCCCCCCUUUUUAAGGGAAAAACGCGUCAAAGAUGCGCUUCAAGAUGAAUAUCGCUAAGGUCUAAUAGAAGACACAGCAAGUAUUCAUCACAGGAUGAACUACGAGAAGAAGAAGAAGAAUAUACACAACCAGAGCCACGCUGUAGCAAGUUGAGCCAAGAAAACCUCGACAAGUUGGAAGAAAUUGCAAGGCGGGAGCAAAAGGUCAUGGAAAUCGUGCGCCAAAAUGGUAGGGAAAUGCUUGAGAAAGACCUUCGGCGUGCAGAAAGGCGACGUCUGAAACAGCAGGAAGAGAUGCGAUUGAAACAGCAGGAGGAGCUAAAAAAUGUACUCAAGCGCUCCUCUAGUUGGUUCAUGAUCUUCUUCAGAUACUGGAUUCGAUGAUGUGUAGACGAAGAUCAAUAUGCAUAUACCUCCACCAUGAACAGCUCUAGCCCUUAAGGGAGCCCUAUGAUAGAUUUCUAUUAUAUAGAAAUUCUUUAAGGGAUGCAAUUUCCUUAAGGAAGCUCCUUAAGGAGACCUCCUUAAGGAGAAGUCUUGGUCUUAAAAAAAUAGCUAACUACCCUAUAAAUACUAAUAUGCCUCCACCAUGAACAGCUCUAGCUCUCGUUUCAAAAACGCAACAGGUGGACACGGACUCGGGGGUCGACCCGGCACCUCGAACUACAAGCAGAACUGACUACACUCACAAGAAAAUGGCACGUGUAGCGAGCAAUAGCUUGACACUCGACGAACAGAUCAAAGAAGGAAUCUUAACACAUCCAAGAAGAGUUUGGGACGAGCUAGGCCGAUACGCUUUGCCAGGCUACGAAAACGCAUGCUACCGCAUUCAAGAAAUCGACGGCGCUUUGCUGACGAACAACAACGCUGAAACUAUGGCGAAAAUAUAUCACUCAAAUACUUACUUAUUAAAAACCUGGUUACUUAUUUACUUCAUCUUCUAAGCCUGGCUACGGGAGCUGGGCACGCCGCUACUGCCACGAAGGUAUUGUACAUCUCGGUGUAGUAUUCUUCAUAUCCAGCACUGUUCUCUCCGCUUCAAAAACUUAUUAAGACCCUGGUUAGACUUAUUUACUUCAUCUUCUAAGCCUGGCUACGACCUGAUCCCGGGAGCUGGGCACGCCGCGACUGCCACGAAGAUGGUGACCUUUCCGCUCGAUGAUCCGAUUGUCAUGUUACGGCUUCCUCAUUACACCGGUAUUUUAGCGCUCCUCUGGAGGUACUAGAUUACUGGUUGGCCUCGCAAGUAGACGCUAAUAGCUACACAAGAGGCACCAUGACAUGACAUGCACUUUUUAUAAAGUAGACUGAAUAACUACCAGGGUUUACAACUUUUGAUUAAUGAAAAAAGUACUUAGACUGAAGACAGAGCAGCCUCAGCUUGCAUAGGCUUGUUGAGGUGCAGAGAAGAGGUGUGCUAGCUCUGGAAAGACAGAUGUCCGUCAGCUAUUAACAUGUCUCAUAGCAGCUGUGCUGUUGUUAAUAGAGUAACAAGGAACGUCUGAGUCCAUAUUUCAGCUCGUCUAAGAGACGGGAAUCGCGCGCCACUUGAGCUUACGGGGCAAAUCCAACCUGGCAUGGUUCGCGUGAAAGAGAUACUGGCACGAGGAACAUCGUGGGACCGCGCUCAAAACUUAUGUUGUGAUCGAUCUGUGAUUUGUAGUUGUGAAGACGCAUUAUCUUUGUACUUCUAACUGUAACCUCCCUGUAGUUCUCUAAAAAGUUAAAGUUUUUCUUAGUAAAGACGGAAAGGUACAGGAAAAACAUCAAAAUGUCGUAAAGUAGUAGCUUACGUGAGACUUACCGCAAGAACAGCAAGGACGUUAGUAGAAUUACUUGGUUCACAAGUAGUGAACAAGAGAAGGAGAAACUCUUGAGCCGUCUAAAACAUAAAAGAGGACUCGUGGCGAAAAUGACAGACCUGCGAGUAUGCCCAGUGAGCAGCGUCCUAGCGAAGAUCGACUGGAAUCGUGAGGUCUUUAAUGCAGACGGCGAGCGACAAGCCUAUCACGUUCAAGAGAUCAAUUAAGGCUCAAAGUAAUUCAUCUUGACAGGUGAGGUAUCUCAGGGUCCCCCUUGGGCUCUGAGAAUAAAUGGGUUGAAUAAUAUGAAUUAUUUUAUUGUUGUCGUGAUAGGUGCAGUUCUAUCGUUACCUUAAGUCGAGCACGCUCUGAUUUUCAGCUCUAAAUCAAACUGGAUGGGAUUCCUAAUUGCCAGAUCGACCCGGAUGGAAAGACAGCUUACAGCGUGUGGCUACGAGUGAGUCUCGCGCAUAACGCGAAGCAGAAGCCUCUGGUUAUCCAUCUCACUUCCACAUGCAAUGAGAGUGACAACGUCACCGCCUGCGCACCGCCAAUCUCAAAAAAGAACAAGCAUGGCCACGUCGAACCCUUGAAAGAUGGACAAAGAUGGCUGUUGGUAUACCUUGAUACUACUUGUACUCACUGCGCUACGUAAGUACAGAGUUAACUUAUCUUUGUCGAUGAUCGUUCUCUACAGGUUUGCUUCAUCACAAAAAUUUGACUUCUGGUAUGUAGGUGUCAUGCAAGAGAAAAAGCCUUGAUUUCCCCUUCUCACUGGAUUUCCUUCUUUAAUAUCAGGAAAAUUUCAACGUUAUCGAAGUUAUGUGGCAGAAGAGUCGCAACACUCCGUAUCGGAGUGCGCCAAGUGUGGGCGUUUACGAGGUUCUUUGUGAUCUUUUUGAGCUACAGUUCCUUCUCCGCAGAGGCGAUGACCCUUUGGCAAUUGCGCAGCCACCUAUUCUUACGGGAUUCAGUCGUGGAGCAAUGUCCAUCAUGGAAUUGUACAAACAUUUUCAUCCGGCACUGACAAAAUCUAUCACAGCACCGCAGAAAGUGGAAAACCAAACUCACGAACAACACUCUCACAAGCGUUGCUUGUGGAAAAGGUAUAUACUUCAACUUAUAUAUACUUCUAAACUUCCAAAUACCACGCAAUUUUUGCUUCACCGUGUCAGUGUUUUCAUCUUCUAGAGACACGACUACAACCUACUUGGAGACUCAUUAGAACCAUACUUCUUUUUACCCUGCUGUAAUUAGGCAGCACAAGUAUAAUAGAAACAGUAACACGGGCCCUUGGUCUAAAACUGAAAGUCUAUACAGGAGAAACAGAAACUCUCACGUCCUCUUGUUAAAUGUUCAUCAACAGGGCCAUCGCGAUGUCUCCAUAUUUUUUGACACCCGAGGUGGAUAGUGGGUUGGUUAGCGACGCUUUGCGAGGAGACGCAGUUUUUAGUGGUCCGGGUCUCACGCUUGUUGUGCCUGAGAAAGACGAAUGGGCCCAGGACGUUAACAGUUGUGUUGCCGCUCUGCGCGUGCGCUUUAGGCGAUCUUUAGUACUAACACCAUCAUCUCUACUGGUACUGGACAAUUUUAUUAUCUUGCAGCGCCUAUCUGUAUCUAUCUACUAAAUAGAGUAUAAUUGUUCUUCUCUUCUUCUUUAGGGCCAGCAACCGCAGAGUGAAAAGGAGAAAGCUGGAUAUUUAGCAGCUAAGUGGGAACGUGAAGGCAGACCAGCAACGUUUCAUGUAGACGGCAAACCAGUGUGGAUCGAUGAGGUCUGCGGAAAGGCAUUUCAGUGCAUCUUCCAAGUGGGCCGUAUGCAUGAUUACGGCUCCUGAUCGUAAUUCAUGUCAAGGAGCAUCUUUGAAAUUUUGAAUUUUUUGAGGGAUGAACACGUCUUCAAAGAUGCUUUUCAGGAUGACGAUCGCUAAGCUCUAACAUGAUGAAGGUUUUGGAGAGUUUUUGGGCAACAAGAAAUGCGCGAAAAUUUGGCUAUCGGGAGGAGAGCAGUUCUUAUGGUUGGUGUACUCUGCAAACUAGUUGUGUCAGUUUCUACUUACAAGGGAGCAUUUGCUCAGGAGAAGAGUUCGUUCCCCGCACUUCCAUCACGGUGAGAAAUUGAAACUUGAUCUCGUCGUCUGUAGUCACUCCCUCAAGCAAACUUCGAAUAUGAUGCGUAGAUGAUACACUUCUAAAUAUGUCGAAAAACACACCGGAAGAGAGCAGUCGCAACUUGCAGGACACCAGGUUGAUGAAGAAGAUGAAAACUGCAGGACGGAUGGCUGCUCCGCAGAGCGAUGAAGAAGAUUCUGAGGAAGCGCUGACGAAGAUGAAGAACAUGCUGGAAGACGGACCAAGAUAUGACUCUGGACGUCGUCGCGAACGUGAACAACGUCGGAUGUUGGAUCAUACAACUCGUGUCUCUCAGUCUAGGGAACAACAGCAUCGUAGAGAUAGAGAUGGUGGACGUGGAGAUGCUCGUCGUGAAGUAGAAGGAGGACGUAGUUCUUGUACGGGAGAACAGAAACGUCGACGACAAAGAGAAGUAGACCUAGACCACCACCACGGACGCCUCCAAGAACAUGCUGACGUUCCUCGUGAGCAGUUAAAGAAAAGCAGGAGCGACUAUCAACAACAUCGUCGCCCAGAGGCAGAGCAGAGAGAAGCCAACCGACGUAGCGGAGGCACUCAUGCUCACUCUAUGUUGCGACAAGAAGAUGAUCGAGAACAUGAACGUCGUCAGCGUGGAUCAUUACGUACAUUAGAAUGUCGAGAAGAACAACGUGUAGUACGUUCUCGAGAGGAUCGUCGGCAAGAUGAUUCAGCAUCGCAUCAGCGUCAAGCAGUCCUUCCGCAAAGGAACGACAGUAGACGUCGAGUAGAUGUGGAUCGUCGCAUGAAGCACACAACUACUACAUCUUCGCGUCGAUUGCGUGGCACCGAACAAGAACGGUAUGCUGUUGAGGAUCGCGAUUAAGGCUACAAGAAAUCCGUCUUCGCAGACAUCUUGGUCCCGUUUCGAAAGGAAAAAGAGGACCCAGGAUGCUGCUGAUGAUGGUUUUCGCUUGGUUCUAACACGAAAGUGCCCAACCCCGCGCGUCUCUCGAUCGGGGGCCAUCUCGAAGUUCAAGAGCAGUGGAUCAAGGAGGUCCUCUAGCAUCUUCAUCUUCUAAGCAUGAACAACGUCAACUACAACGAGGUACAACUGUCACUGCGGCACGCACCACAACUGGGACGAGCACCAGAGUUGUUGACCCGGGGAGAGGAUCAUGUGGGCGCAAGACUCGGAAAGAAGACCUUCCUGACUACGUCAAUCCUUAUGUUGACGACGACAAUUACAACCACAACCCUGCAAUUCAUGCUGAAAGGAACACUACGAUGAAAAAAUACUCCGACUCGACGUCAAAUCGAAUCAACGAACAGGCUAGCAGCAACACGCACCGGCGUCAACGUGAACGCGACGGUGAUGAUGGCCGCCAGGUGAGACGACCUCACGCAACAACAUCUUCUAUGCAACAAGUGGAACGACAUCGAGCUCGACGUGAUGAGCCGACUGCUUCUCGAAGGGAACAGCCACGCGAACACCCAUCCGCGCGCUAUCUGAAUAUUGAUCGGGAUAAUGGUCUGCGAACGCGAAGAGAUCGCGGAGCUCGCGAGGAGCAACGAUAUCUCCGUCAUGCGUACGCCACCUCUGACGAGGACAAAGAUUUAUGGCAACUAGCUUAGAUUAGAGCUACCGCGCUCGCAUCCCCGAGAACCUCCCUGGUCCCUUUUUCUCCUUGAAAAAAGGGCCAAGGAUGAUGUUGAGGAUGGUCCUCCAGCGGUAGCCUCAAUUAAUAGACAUCUUCGGCAGAAGCCUCUCUCAUUCUUUAGUUUCAUCAGUAGAGUGCAUUCACGUGCGCAAAGGGUUGUUCGUCAAAGCAGAUGUAGUUAAAGACCUCCCCCUAAGAUGGGAGCAAGAAGAUGAACGUGGGGCGCAGGGAGGAAACAAGGGAAAGAACAGGAGCAAGAACUCUCGAGAAGCAGUGGCACUAGCUUCACCAGGACAACAAGCUCUUCUUCAUCCAGAUAAGACGCCUCAGGAAGUUCUUCGUUCUAAAAAACAAGUUUCGACACGUAGAAGAGAGUAUCCGCAAGUGCAGGCCGACUCAGAUCUCUACUACGCGACGGUUAACGAAGAUGGAAGCACGUGAAUACCUUAACCUUUUAUUUCACCCACAUCCAUGACAUCAGAUGAACACUAAUAAGCAUAAUAGAGAGACGAGAGACCACCCUCCAAGCAUAUUUGUCAAUAUCAGCUCGCUCUGAGUCAUACAACCUUGUUCAUGUUUCUCGCUGUUUAUUUGAACGAAUACUUUCUUAUAUCGACGCCCUGACAACCAAUUUCGCAUUACAAUUUUAGAAAAAUGAAAAGUUCCUACCUUGUUGGCUCAUCCCGACGCAAAUGUAUCUUCAACGAGAAAUCUCGCCCACAAAUAUCUUAAUAUGGCUUCGUAAUUCGUAUAAAUAUUGAUUCUAUAAUUUCUGAUGAUAGCAUAGCAUAUAUUCAUAGUUAUCUCGUCGGUGUCUACCCGGCAUACCCAUUCUCACAACUUUUGAAAGAGAAUAGUGAUGCUCUACCCUUGUUUUUGAAGAAAUUGUUAGAUAUAUUCACAGACGCAUUCAGUGGUAAACCGCUCCUCAAAAGCGAUCUGAUCGUUCCACUUCUUAUAUCCACGUCUUGGUUUCUUGACCUGCAGCUCUACAGCAUUAGCUAUUUUCACGAGCUGCAGAAGGAAAAGACAUGACCAUGUCACCUUCAUUGUAGUGUACAACGAUUUCGAUGAACUACGUGAUCCCCUUAUAUCCUCAACAAUGUUCGCGCGAAGAAUCAAGAAUGUCCAUCCAGCGCACCUAUCAUAUCUAACGCAUUUUUCGGUCUUGCGCUAGACAGCAAAGCACAGUGGCCGAAGGCCUGAUUAGCAUUAUGAAGCGUUCGCACACUGCCAUCACCGACCAGUGUAGCGGUGCGCCCUGAUGAAGGUCGAGAUGUUUUUUUUUGUGUCCGUGAGUGACACAGGGGACGAAGAUGCGUG